UGUGACUUCACAAAAUUUAUGACUUCACAAAAUAUUAACAACAAGCGUCCUUAUUCAUAUUCCAACUUUUCCCCUCCUGACCAAACAUCAGGGAAAAAGAAAUUAUUAAUUGACUCUAUUAAUGCAAUUCCUCCGAUUGGAGAAUUGCCACAACUUGACAACAGCAUUCCGGAUUUUGCUAAAACCAUUAUUCAGCAAAAUUAUUCUUUAAUUACCCAUCUGACAAGUCUAUUAAAAAUUGCCACUUCUUUAUUACAAGACACUCAAACUCCAACCGAAAUUUUUGAAGAAAAAGAGCGACAGAGGUCGUUGGUGUUAAUUAAUUUACCUGAACAACCAACAACGACACCACCUUUCGAACGUGCAGUAGCUGACACUAAAGCUGUUCAAGGUUUACUUCACCAGCUGGGUGUGGAGUCUUAUCCUAGUAGUAUAUAUAGGAUGGGUGUUUUUAAAAACCCAGCUGAAAAAGGUCACAAGCCCCGUCCCAUUAAAAUUCUAAUGCCAUCUUCUCAGCAUCAACGGCACUGUUUGUCAGCUUGGAAAAGAGAAAGAAUCAAAAUUUGCAAAGACGAAUUAUCUAACAUUUUCCUUCGGCCCUCUCUGACCUUACAACAAAGACAAUUUGAAUAUGAACAACGAGUAGCAAGGCGUAAGGAACGUGAAAAGGCAAAUAUGGAUGGAAUUGAAGUAAUUAAUACGCAUAAUAAAAAUUUUUAA